UAUUUGGCGGAUGCAGACGAAGAAGAGGAGGAGAUGAGCGUUCCAGUGAGAAGUUGUCGAGCAAGUGUCUUGUAUGAAUCCUUCCCUACACCAACGAGCCCUAAACCCUUUUAACUCUUAAAAACUCUCUCUCGUCAUGUACCGUACCUUGCGGUUUCCGUUGCCUCUUCACGUUCCCCGAACUCGAACGAUGGCAUCCUGUAAGCCGAAACGACGCCGUGUGGAGCACUUGCGGUGCUGUGCUCAGUAUCGUCUCCGCGAAGGUGAGGAAGACGAAGGAGAAGAAGAGGCCAAUGAUAAGAGAGUUCAAGGACUAGUUUCGAUUGUGGUGGAGAGAUACGGAAAUGGCACUUCGAAAAGAUAUUUGCUAGAUGAUGAUGACUCGCCUUUACGAGGAUUUCUCGAGGAGCGUGAACCAAAGCCUGAUGACAAAUCUCAGGAAUCGAAUUCCUCAGAAACGAACAUGCUUUGGCUUCCUGAUGUUGUCAAGGAUUUUGUUUUUCCCACCGGCUUUCCUGGGUCGGUUUCAGAUGAUUACUUGGACUACAUGCUGUGGCAGUUCCCUACCAAUAUUACCGGCUGGAUUUGUAAUGUGUUAGUCACCUCAAGUCUUCUCAAGGCGGUUGGCGUUGGUUCUUUCUCAGGAACUUCUGCUGCCGCUACCGCUGCUGCCUCUGCUGCAGCCAUCAGAUGGGUAUCCAAGGAUGGAAUUGGAGCUCUUGGCCGUCUUCUUAUUGGUGGACGUUUCGGGAGUCUUUUUGACGAUGAUCCUAAGCAAUGGCGCAUGUAUGCAGAUUUUAUUGGCAGUGCUGGAAGCUUUUUUGAUCUGGCGACACAACUAUAUCCAGCCCAGUUUCUUCUGUUGGCGUCCACCGGAAAUCUAGCCAAGGCUGUGGCUAGAGGAUUGAGAGACCCUUCAUUUAGGGUGAUUCAGAAUCAUUUUGCCAUCUCAGGGAAUCUUGGAGAGGUAGCAGCGAAGGAGGAAGUGUGGGAAGUUGCUGCUCAGCUAAUUGGUCUUGGUCUCGGCAUUCUGAUCAUUGACACCCCGGGCCUUGUAAAGUCAUUUCCCUUUGUGUCACUUACAUGGACGAGCACAAGACUUGUUCAUCUCUGGCUACGCUACCAGUCGCUUGCAGUCCUACAAUUUAAAACGGUAAAUCUCAAGCGUGCUCGGAUCCUAGUACAAUCUCAUGUUGUGCACUCCGUUGUACCAGGAUAUGUUGACUGCAACAAACGAGAAAACAUUUUGUUAUGGCAGAGAUUUAUGAAGCCUCGGAUCAUCUUUGGUGUAUCUCUUGAGGAAGUAUCUGGUCUGGAGAAAUCUGUUUCUAAAGUCAAAGCAUUCCUUAUGAUCUACACAAAGGAGAAAUAUAUUCUUACGUUGAACAAGGAUACCGAGUUUUCUGUAACCUUUAAGGUAAAUGCCACAAGCAGAGACGUGUUGAGAUGUCUUUGGCAAGCAUAUUGGUUAUACGAGAACAUGGAACAGAGCUUUGAAGACAAAGAUAGUGUGUUCCACUGGCUGAAGCAAAGCUUGUCGGAGAUGGACAAAAAGUUUGAUGAUUUCUUGUUCAAGUUGAAUACUGCUGGAUGGAAUCUACGUGAAUCUAACUUGAAGAUUCCUAACCAUAUCCUCAUAGACCACGAAUCUAUGAUCCCUCUCUGAUUUUCCCCGGAAUCUUCAGACUCAUCACGCAAUCUCUUGAACAAAAGAAAAUAAAACUGAGGUAAAUAAUAGCAAACCCAACCCCGUCAAUUUAAACAUGGAGUAAUCUAUUACUUUCUUAGGCGUCAAGUGAAUCUAGGUGAUUCAUGGAAUAUAUAAGUUUGGUACAACUAACAGUUAGGAUAUAUCAGGAAUUAUAUGGCAGCUUGUAUUGUAUAAUUGAAGAGGAAAGAGUAUAUCUAUUAUAUCUAAUAAGUUGUGGAUAAUGAGACAAUUGGUGAGGUUUAGGCCAAUGAUAGAGAAUGAUUGUGAUUAUUUCUGCUUUGUUUGUACUUGAAUCGUCACCAUUUUUAGAAUUUAGAUUAGAGGUGGCCC